AUGGAAUGCAAAGAAUUAGAAUGCAAAAUAACAUCAUUAGGGACAGAAUACAAAGGCCAGAUAAACGUCACAAUAUUCGGCAUUCGAUGUCAAAAAUGGAAUACUGACAUCCCUCAUUUCAAUUACUACAAAGAUUUGGUUGGUGACCAGGAAAAUUAUUGUCGCAACCCCGACAACACAGCAGGAGGUCCUUGGUGUUAUACAAUGGACCCAGCUAUAAGAUGGGAAUAUUGCGAUGUACAAUACUGUGUGUUUACAACACCAAGAACAUCAACAAACGCUGAAACUACUGAAAAAAUGCCGACAACUGACAAAACUUUGUCAACUGAUAGGCAAACAACUACUGACGGAUCUUCUACAUCAGAACUUCAAACUACAACUGAUAAAACUUCUACAACAGAACUACAAACUACAACAGACAAAACUUCUACAACAGAACUACAAACUACAACUGAUAAAACUUCUACAACAGAACUACAAACUACAACAGACAAAACUUCUACAACAGAACUACAAACUACAACAGACAAAACUUCUACAACAGAACUACAAACUACAACUGAUAAAACUUCUACAACAGAACUACAAACUACAACUGAUAAAACUUCUACAACAGAACUACAAAUUACAACAGACAAAACUUCUACAACAGAACUACAAAUUACAACUGAUAAAACUUCUACAACAGAACUACAAAUUACAACAGACAAAACUUCUACAACAGAACUACAAACUACAACAGACAAAACUUCUACAACAGAACUACAAACUACAACAGACAAAACUUCUAUAACAGAACUACAAAUAACAACUAAAAAUACCUUGACAACUGAAUUUCAAACAACCAAUGACAUGAUUUCUAUAACCGAACAUAAAACAACAGUUGCUGUUAAGCCACAUCAGUGUUUUUGUCCAUGUGGAAAAAAGAAAUUAUCCGAGGAAGAAUUAUAUGCUGUGAUUAAAGAACUAGAGAAAAAGCUUACGGUUGACAAGAAAACUACGUCAGCAUAUAUUCGACGUCACACAAGUGCACGUGAUGACCGGAAGUCGUCUGUUACUAUUGGUGCUUUUGGUAUAGUUAUUGUAUGUGUACCUGUGGUUCUAAUGACAAUAAGUGAUUGUAUUGGAUUUUUUUCUAGAAAAUAUAGAUGA